UUCCGUUUCUUCCCGCCAUGUGAGAGUCUCUCUUCAAUGAACUUCUCACUAGCUUUAAGUCUCCAACAAUUCCCUACCUUCCCCAAGAAAACUGUGAACAAAAAAGACCUCAAGAAGGACUGGAAUUCAAUCAUCAAACGCCAGGCCAAGCUCAAAAAUGACAGAGCAAUUCUCUCAACAUAUUCCCAGAUGGAAUCUCUCAGCGUAUUACCCGAUAAAGCUUUGAUGCCUCUCAUUAUCAAGGCAUGCGCAAGGUUGAAUGCCAUCGAGAGGGGCAAGAGGAUACAUUUGAACAUUCGGGACACUGAGUUGAUACAGGAUGUGCGAGUUCGGACUGCUCUUAUUGAUUUCUAUUGCAAAUGCGGCUUUCUCGAGGACGCCCGGGACCUGUUCGAUGAAAUGCAGGAGAGAGAUUUGGUUUCAUGGAACGCUAUGAUUUCUGGGUAUGCCGGGAGUGAGGAAUAUGAGGAGGCUGUGUUCUUGUUUAUGGAGAUGAAAAAUGAGGGUUUAAAACCGAAUGCAAGGACUAUAGUAGCGUUGCUUUUGGCAUGUGAAAACAUGUUGGAUAAAAGAUUAGGGCAGGAGAUACAUGGUUAUUGUUUGAGGAAUGGACUACUUGAUCUGGAUCCUCAUGUGGGUACUGCUCUUAUUUGCUUCUACUUGAGAUAUGAUGUGAAAAUUUCACGUCUUGUGUUUGAUUUGAUGGUUUUAAGGAAUAUCGUUAGUUGGAAUGCUAUGAUUACAGGGUAUUUCGAUGUUGGAGAUUAUUUCAAUGCUUUGAAUCUUUUUAUUUGGAUGCUCCGAGGUGGGGUUCAGUUUGACCAGGUUACAGUUUUGGUUGUUGUUCAAACAUGCUCAGGGUUUGGAUGUCUUAACUUGGGCGUGCAGAUUCAUCAAAUCAGUAUUAAGUUAGGGUACAUAAAGGAUUUGUUUGUAAUAAAUGCCCUUCUUAACAUGUAUGGAGACCUUGGACAUUUACAGUUAUCACAUGCUGUAUUUAGUUCCAUCAGUACGCACGAUGUUGCUAUAUGGAAUUCUAUGAUAUCCACAAAUACUGAAUAUGGGUGCCAUGAGGAAGCUGCUAGUUUGUUUAUUAGAAUGCGUACAGAAGGCAUCAAAGAAAAUGAAAUAACUAUCAGUAUUCUAUUGUCUCUAUGCGCAGAGGCAGUAGAUGGGUUGAAAGAAGGGAAAUGUUUACAUGCCCAUGCUAGCAAGAAGGGAAUGGCCAUGGAUGGUUCUCUUGGAAAUGCAUUUUUAAACAUGUAUUCUGAGCUAAACUGUGUGGAAUCUGCCCAAAAGGUUUUCUCUUUGAUGAGUAAGGUGGAUGUAAUUUCAUACAACACCUUGAUUCUGACACUAGCCCAGAACAAGUGUAUACUUGAGGCAUGGGAACUCUUUCAAGUGAUGCGAGAAUCUGACACUAAACCUAAUGCCUACACAAUAAUAUCUAUCCUUCCCAUUUUUGAAGAUGAAACUUUCCUACAUAUUGGAAAAUCAGUCCAUGCUUUUGUGAUAAAACAUGGUAUUGAAACAAAUCCAUCAUUAGACACUGCACUUAGUGACAUGUAUAUGAAUUGUGGUGAUGAUUCAUCAGCCAGGUAUAUAUUCGACGCUUGCCUUGACAGAGAUUUGAUUUCAUGGAAUUCUUUGAUUGCGAGUUAUAUUAGAAAUGACAAAGCAAAAGAAGCUCUGUUGCUUUUUAACAGAAUGAUUUCAGAAGUAGAGCCCAACUCCACCACCAUCAUAAGUAUUCUAUCUUCGUGCACCCAUCUGUCUAAUCUGCCCCAUGGUCGAUGUUUGCAUGCCUACGUGCUGCGGAGAUAUUCCUCUUUUGGUUAUAAUUUAUCUCUGGGAAAUGCUUUUAUAACAAUGUAUGCAAGAUGUGGUAGCAUGAAAAAUGCUGUAAAGAUAUUUAAAUUACUUCCAAAAAGAAAUAUUAUCUCAUGGAAUGCGAUUAUAACUGGUUACUGUAUGCAUGGACGGGGAGAGGAUGCCGUGUUUGCCUUUUCACAAAUGUUAGAUGAUGGUUUCCGACCAAAUAGAGUAACCUUUUUGUCUCUUCUAUCUGCUUGCAGCCAUUCUGGUAUGAUAGAAAAAGGAUUGGAGAUUUUUCAUUCCAUGGUGGAGGAAUUUAAAAUCACCCCUGAGGUUGCCCACUAUGGCUGUGUGGUUGAUCUCCUUAGUCGUGCAGGCCAUUUAGAUGAAGCUAGAAAGUUCACUGAAUCCAUGCCUAUUAAACCGGAUGCAUCAAUAUGGAGAGCUCUGCUCAGUGCAUGCCGUGAUCACUGGGACACUAAACAAGCUGCUGCUAUAUUUGAAAAACUUGCUGAACUAGAGCCAAGAAAUGCUGGGAAUUAUGUUUUACUAUCUAAUAUUUAUGCUGGAGCAGGUUUAUGGUCAGAGGUAGGACAGAUACGGGCAUGGCUCAGAGCAAAUGGCUUGAGAAAGACUCCUGGAGUUAGUUGGAUUGUCAUUAGAAGUCAGAUUCACUCUUUUACUGCUGCAGAUAGAUUGCAUCCUUUUUCCGAGGAAAUUUAUGCGAUUUUGAGUUCUCUACUGUCCUCGAUCAAAGAAAUGGGAUAUGUACCCAACUUCCACUGGUUAUUACAUGAUGAAGGCAGUUAGGAUAUCACCAGAGAACUGUUGACCCAUGACAAGAAACUUGUUCGUGUAUUGGGUGCCGGUAUCUGUAAGGAAUGCUGCCAAUGAAUGACUAAACAAGGACAAAAAACAUUCCUAGGUGGUAAUCCUACUCUUUUUUUGGGGUGGCAGAUAAUGGCAGAAAGGUUUCAAUAUUAUAAAUCUAUCAAGAUGUGAACAGACCAUUGAACACCAAUCAGAAACUCAGGCCAAAAUUCACUUCAUUUUAUUUCAAAAGUGAUGACAGUUGCAGUCAUCCAGAAGUGAAGAACAUAAGUAUGAGGGCACAGGACAUACAUCUCGCUUAUCAGUCACUAGUCUUGUUUAUGAUCCUGAACCAGCAUUCUCCAGCAGGAAUGCAGAAGGAUGCAGCAAAAUGCUUCAGUUUCUUUCUAAAAUAUUGGAGUUAAUCUCCACUUGGUGGAUAGUGGAUGAAACAACACAUUAGGUGAAACUAAAUUUCACAUUUAGUCUGAGAGAUUUGAAAGAAUCUAUGAACCUCGAACAAAAGAUCCAGAAUCUGAGGAUUGACUGCAAGAGAAUCGACUCUCAUGACUGCUGGAAACCGAAACAAGUGCAGAAUAGAAGCCAACCUUUCCCAAUGUUCCUGGCUCAAAGAAACAAGACGCUGUCAAGAUCAAGCAUUUGCAGCUUCUUACUUAGUUAUUCCACUAAACGAUAAUUGGGUCAGAAUUUUCAUAUGGUAUGAAGACACUGGCACACAAAGUUAAUCUCAUAUGGGAUUUAAGUGUCAAAAAAAUAUGUGAUUGUAGAGUUUUAUAUAAUAAUCAA